CUCUGAUGCUUCAGUCGUCCUGCGGAGUCGACAGAACGCCCAGGACUCCAGUGAUGCUGUUGGUAAGGGAUUUUAUAAUUACUACUAAAAUCUAUAUUUAAAGUUGAUUGCUGUUGCUUGGCUGUUUAACCAGUUUAACAAAUAAGAGGUCAGCUAGGACAAGAGACAGUUAUGUUGCCAUCCUUGGGCUCUUAUCCCAAAGUCAAUAGAUAAAAGACAGUUAUGUUGCCAUCCUUGGGCUCUUAUCCCAAAGUCAAUAAGACAAGAGACAGUUAUGUUGCCAUCCUUGAGCUCUCAUCCCAAAGUCAAUUAGAAAGACAGUUAUGUUGCCAUCCUUGGGCUCUUAUUCCAAAGUCAAUAAGACAAGAGACAGUUAUGUUGCCAUCCUUGGGCUCUUAUGCCAAAGUCAAUUAGACAAGAGUCAGUUAUGUUGCCAUCCUGAGGCUCUUAUCCCAAAGUCAAUAAGACAAGAGACAGUUAUAUUGCCAUCCUUGGCCUCUCAUCCCAAAGUCAAUUAGACAAAAGACAGUUAUGUUGCCAUCCUUGGGCUCUUAUCCCAAAGUCAAUAAGACAAGAGACAGUUAUGUUGCCAUCCUGGGGCUCUUAUUUUAUUUUUUUAUUACUUUUUGUUAUGAAUCCUAAUUAACCUUUCUUUCUUUUUUUCCCUCUUGUUAAACAGAUGGUACGGAUGCAUCUCAACAUUCAUCAUUCAAACGAGGUGACUCCAGUCGUAAAGCUUUGCACAGAAGAAUACCAUCGGCCCCCAACACACCACGGCAGGAGAGGAAAUCUACCAAAGAGAGGAGCUCGAGCGUGACUGGGGAAGAUAUGUCCAGCGGUGAGGACAUGGACAUAAGCUUGGAUGACUUCAUCUACCCUAAAACUGAAGGGGAGGUCAACAUCGAUGCAGCCAUCAACUCCCGGCUGCUUCAGGUGGCAGAGAAAACCAGAUCGGUCAGAUCCAACGAGGAGCUGACGUCGUCACCGCUCAAGCGCAGUGCCAAGACGCCCCCCGUGGGCCGUAAGAAAGCCAAAGGGGCGUUGUCUAGCGAAGAUGAUUUAUCCCCGACCUCCCCUCGGCAGCUGCCCCAGUCUCCUGGC